CCCCCCACCAUCGGCCCAGGGAAGGAUUAUGAGAACGCAGUGAAGUUCUACAGCAGAGCCAUCGAGCUGAACCCCAGCAACGCCAUCUAUUAUGGCAACCGCAGCCUGGCCUACCUGCGCACCGAGUGCUACGGCUACGCCUUGGCCGACGCCACCAGGGCCAUCGAGCUGGACAAGAAAUACGUCAAGGGUUACUACAGGAGGGCUGCCAGCAAUAUGGCCCUGGGCAAGUUCAAGGCCGCCCUCCGAGACUACGAGACGGUGAGGAGGGGGGGGAUGUGUCCCUAAAAGGGGCUGGGGGCAUCGCUGUUGUCUGUCGGCGUUGGGACGUCAUUGAGAGGAGGUGGUGGUGGUGGUGGUGCUGUGUUGUGCCAAAAGUUGG